CUCGUGUCAAGCGGACAAAUAAAAUGGAGAAUUUCGGGUGAUUGUUGUUUUGCACAACAUUAAUCUGCCCAGAGUUGUCAAAAGUUUGUGUAUUUUCAUGGUCUCAAACCGGUCGAAAAGUAUCGCAAAGUGAUCAGUUAUUCCGGCGGAACGCGAUGAAAGUGCUAUAUUCCGACUUGGAGUGUUUUCGGGUGCCUUAUCGGCGUACGAAAAUCGUUUGAUUUGUGGAGGACAAACCGAUCGUCCAUUCCAAGCAGACCCUCAUGCGAGCAGCAAGAAACUCUGUGGAGAGGAGUCUGCUAAUGCCUUCUGCUUGGUGGGAGUGAAGAGGCUCGCAAGAAGUGCGCUUCUAUGAGAUAGGAUAUCAUUAUUUGGAGAAAGUUACAUCAUGGUGUUCGAUUAACAUUUUCGCACGCACCAAUUUAUGUCGAGAAUGGAAUCGGCGCGGUCAAAUGAAGGCAGAAUAAUCGUGGAACAGUUUUCAAUCAAUCAAAUCGAAAGUGAAGUGAGACGAAAAUUAGAAUCCAUUGCGAGGGAAUGGUACAAGUGAGUGAGCGAGAAGGUAACGGGAUUAGAAGAAUAGUGUCUCCCGUCCCGCCGGAGGGUGUGUGACGCAGAACAACGCGUUUGUUUGCGGCAUGGUGGCUAGUUUGUUUGAUAUGGUUUGAGUUUAUUCAAAUUGGAUGUUUUUGCUGGAUAUCUCUGCUGUAUUAUUUGUUCGUAAUAUUACAAAAGAAAGAAAUUGUACCCUGAUAACAAGAAAAUGCCAAACAACGGCUAGAACACAAUGCUCAGAAGAAAACUGUUGUGUUGAGUGUGUUUUAUACAAAUAAAAGUGAAACGUGACAUUCUCGUGAAGAAUCAAGAAUCAAUUCACAAAAAAAGUUCUCUUCGUCACUCGGUGGAUGGGCAGCAGAUUCCAAUAGACCACGGGCCAGAAUGAAGGAGAUGGUCGGUGGUUGCUGUGUAUGCUCCGACGAUCGGGGUUGGUCCGAGAACCCUCUGGUGUAUUGCGACGGACAGAGUUGUGCGGUGGCCGUGCACCAGGCGUGCUACGGUAUCGUGACGGUUCCCAGUGGACCCUGGUACUGUCGAAAAUGUGAAAGUCAGGAACGUUCGGCGCGAGUUAGGUGCGAGUUGUGUCCAUCCCGGGAUGGUGCGCUCAAGCGGACUGAUAAUCUGGGCUGGGCCCACGUCGUUUGUGCGCUUUAUAUUCCGGAGGUGCGCUUCGGGAAUGUCACCACGAUGGAGCCGAUCAUUCUUCAGUUGAUCCCACAGGAGCGCUAUAAUAAAACAUGUUAUAUAUGUCAGGAGAUGGGCAAAGGGUCCAGGUCCACAGCGGGCGCUUGCAUGCAAUGCAACAAAUCCGGCUGCAAACAACAAUUCCACGUCACCUGCGCUCAGCAACUUGGUUUGCUUUGUGAAGAGGCGGGAAACUAUUUAGAUAAUGUUAAAUACUGUGGAUAUUGUCAGCAUCAUUAUAGUAAAUUGAAAAAAGGUGGUAAUGUUAAAACGAUACCACCAUACAAACCGAUCAAUCACGAAACGAACUCUAGUGAUGGACCGUCGUCACCCGAGAAAGAGUUAGACCCACCUUCAUCCCAGCCACAUUCGAGUGGAAGUGGCAUGGGAAUAGGUGGCAGUAGCAAUAGUGUGAAGUCCAACAAUCGAUUGCCGAGCGAUCAAAUUGGAUCCUCAUCAACGUCAUCGUCUUCGAAACAAAGGAAAUCCUCGAGCGUCUCAAAAAACUCAACUAGUGCAGCUUUGACCUCUUCCUCCACAACACUUGCUGGCAGUGGAAGUAAUAGCGCUAGUAUAAACAGUCAAGCCACAUCCUCUGUAUUUACCGGUGUACCCACCAUCAAUCCUGCAAGUACGAGUAGCGGUACGACAGGAGGAAAUAUCAGCAAGACUGGUUCAUCCUCUUCGAGUAGUAGCAGUAAAGAUAAGGAUAAAUAUAACAAAAAUGUAAAUAAGAUCUCCAGUACAAACAAAACCCACGAUAAGGAUCCGUCAUCGUCCUCUACAGCAUCCUCUUCCUCCUCUUCACAGCGAGAUAAAAGUUCUAAAUCGUCUAAAUCCGGUAGCAGUAGCAGCAGUAGUAGUAACAGCAACAGCAGCGGAGCAAGCGGCGUGACUAGUGGUAUCGGAUCGGGUACCGGCGGCAAUAGCACCAAUGCGAGUUCCACUGCGAACAGCUCUCUACCUAAGGAAAGUGAUCUUUCCUCGUUGCCACCAUCUGCUUCUACAGCUCUGUCAAUGAUUACUUCCACUAUGAAGCAUACAGAAAAUGGAGCUAACAAGCAGGACAAAACGUUAGCGCAAAUAUCCUCCGCCGCGGCAUCUUCUGCGAGAGCAGCGUCUCUAUCGCCUGCUGCUAUCCCUACGACGUUAAUCAUUAAACCACCACACGAACCCUCGGGAAGCAAUAAAGAGCUCCUGUCGAAAGAAGCGAUCGCCAAAUUUACCACCUCGAAUUUCACGGAAACAAUAGUUGUAAAUUCCGAUUCUGUGUUUGGGACUAGCAAUACGGGCGGAGGUAGCGGCAGUGCGAACGCUGCGCCCACGGGAAGUUCCAUCAGUACGGGUAACACCAUGAUAUCUACGGCGGGGUCUACGUCGGUCGUUGAUACUGGCUCAACAAGUGGCGCUGGUAGCAAGAUGAGUAUAUCGGGAGGCAGUUCCUUCGCAGGAACAGGGUCUAGUGUUGCGAAGAAACGGAAAGCUGAAGCAAGAUCCACCCCGACAUUGAUUUCAACUGGAGAUAUAGAUAUAAAUCGUGAUUUAAUCAAGGAUGUUGCCGUUUCUCUCGUACCCUUGCCGUUGAAUAAAAGCGAUAACAUUGAUCCAGCAUCGAUAAGUGGCAUCGAGAAAAGCAUUAAAAAGGCCAAAACCGAACCGAACUCACCGCAUCACCCAGGAGGUGGUGGUGACACCAACCUACAGAACGUGAGUCCCAAUUUGAUACAAACACACGCAUCGAAUGUCAUCACGUCCUCGAUCAAACACCAGCAACAGUCUAAUUCACCUCAGUUCCAGUCGUCACAGCAGCUACAGGCACAACAGCUGCAAGCACAACAGCACACACCAAGCCUGGUUGUGUCGGUACCCCUAUCUACAGCUACAGUACCUGGAGUUAAUCUACCGACGAAUAACAGCAGUAGUAGCAGCGCCACUGUAAAUAAUGCGUCCAACACAGGUGGCAGCAGCAACAGCACUCCAAACAUUGUGUCACCAGGCCAGGUACCCUCAGGAUCAAGUUUAUACCAACAGCUGACGCAAAGAACGGGGGAGCAAUUAAUGAGUGCAUCCACCAAUCGUUCGAGUCCAGUGAUACAGCUUCAAUCGAGUGCCACAAAUCACGUUAUUCAGAGUUCGACUCACUCUAUACUCGAGCGACAAUCGCCCUCAAUGCGGUCAUCACCUGCCAUCAUAACCAGCGCUGGUACGCAACAGCAGCAGCAAUCGCUGCAGCAUUCUCAUCAUCAAUACAUGCCGGCCGGAGUCGAGCUCAACACGAACAGUAUGUCGGCUAGCUUGGCCGCACUGCAAAGCGCUUCUCCCGUACCAAUGAGUACCAUACAAAGCACUUCGUCAUCGCCGAUUACUCCAGGUGGCGACGGAGGUCUGAAAAUUACCUACGAAAAGCAGACUUCUAACACGCGGAUAGCGGCACUCCUCGAGCAAGAGGCUACAGGUAGAAGGUCCAGAUCACAAUCAAGAGAACGUAGUGGUGGUAACGGAAGCGGAAACGGUGGCAAGACGCGAACAUCCAAGAAACGCUCACUGCAGCAACAACAGCAGCAGCGCUCAUCGCCGUUGACAAAUUCGGGGUCCUCAUCUUCUUCCUCUUCUUCUGUGAACAAUACAGUUUAUGCUAGCGAACCCACUACCACUAGUCGUAGCUCGACGCCUAUACAUAGUCAUACUACCAGUAGUCACUCGAACGCUAGUAACAACACCCAGCUUAAUUCGAAUUCUAACAAUAAUAGUAAUAAUACUAGUCAUACUAACUCGAUCAAUGGUAAUAGUAGUAAUAGCUCGCUGACAACCUCCGGCGGAUCAACCAUCAUCAGACCGUCGAUGCAAUCUAACCCAGACAAAUUUCCUCAAGCUAAACCACCCUCUGUUACUGCUGCUGCUACUGCUACAAAUAUUAACGCUCCCAACACUUCGUCUGUCACUACUCCCAUUGUCACUCCUGCUGCCUCCGGUACGCACGUGAUUGAGGUGACCGGAAUAGUCUCUACAGGCACCAAUAACAAUCAAUCGAGUGCCGGUGGCAAUUCUGUAAGUGGUAACAGCAACAACAGCAGCCACUUUGGCGGUAACACCAAUAGUAGUAGUUUGAAUACUGGCACCGGCACUGACCAUGGUCACGGUACUUCCAAUAGCAAUAACACAAAUAGUAACAGUAACAACGCCCUGGUCGUCAUGCACACCAGCAAGAAGCUAAGAUCAUCGCAACCAUCGGUUGAAAUACCCUCGCCAUCUACUUCCAGAACGCCGGACAAUAGUUUUGGUUCAAAUUCCUCAUUUAGUGGAGGCGGCGGCGGCGGCGGUGGGGGAGGACUCAAAUUCUCCUAUGAAGCGCAACCAACAACCAAUCCCGCAAUGAUCGGGGCGACAUCAACCAUUAUAACGCACCAACCCAUGGUGAAAGAAUCGCCGCCAAGCUCACCGGGUUCAGAUUCGGGGAUGGUUCGCAGUAACAAACGCAACCGGAAGCUGUCGACCAAUUCAAAUACUCAAAGUGGUGCACCCGAUGCGAAGGAGAGCAAACUGUUCCAAAACGGGGUUGUGCACGCGACCCAUAUGCUGGGCAAUCAACUGAACCCGAGCAGUAGUGUGGCGCAGAAAAUGUCCGACCAGUUGACGAUGGAGAUGGAAACCCAUGCGUUUGUGGUCGAAACCGGACCGCAACUUGUUGGACCACCGUUUCCUGGAAAGGUGCAAGCGUCGCGAGCAAACAAUGCAUCGGCACCGGCUACGGGAGGACCCUCUCUUAGCUCGAUGCUAUCUGGAAAUGGAACGGCCACCGCCAACGGCAAUACUCCUCAAAGCUUGGAGCAGCUCUUGGAACGGCAAUGGGAGCAAGGUUCCCAAUUUUUGAUGGAGCAAGCACAACAUUUUGAUAUCGCAUCAUUGUUGUCCUGCUUGCAUCAGCUACGGAGUGAGAACAUAAGGCUCGAAGAACACGUGAACAAUCUUGUGGCCCGAAGGGACCACUUGCUGGCAGUGAACGCAAGAUUAGCAAUCCCACUGAACCCUGCUGCUUUGGGUGGCGUUGGACUUGGUGGUGGUGGUGGCGGUGGUGUUACGGGAGGAGCAAGUGCGGGUAGUACCGGCAGUAGCGGAGCUGGUUCCGCAGGAUCUCAAGCAGCUCAAUUCAAUAACAUGCACGGGAACGGAUCACACGAUGGUAGCAAUACAACCUCGGCGACGACAAUUUCCAGUCGAAGUAGUCGAAUACAGCAGCAUCAAACCCAGCAGCAGCCACAACACUCGCAAUCUCAUUUUGUCAGUAAUUCUAGUAACCAGAUACCAAUAGAGAAUGGGAUCGACUUUCGACAUUCGAACUCAAUACAUCAAAACACCAACAGCUCCUCGAUUAGGCACCAUUCCCCACCCGGUCAAUCGUACCUACCUUCAUCAGGUCAGCCCACUCGACAAAAUGCCGCCUCGUUGAAUAGUGGGUCUGCUGCCGAUCAGCAAUCUUCGCACGCGCGGUCGAAUCGUGCAAUGAACAGUAGUAGUGGAAAUAGUGCAAUCAAUAGUAACAACGCCGCAAGCAGUGGAAAUGCAUCUUCAUCUGCAGUUUAUCAAUCACAGCAACAAACUAUUUAUAAUACUGCCCAUCAGAUACCGCUCUUGUUGGAGCAUCACCAACAGGAGCACCAUUCCCAACAGCAGUUGCAGCAGCAAACGCAGCAACAGACGCCCCAGCCGCCACAGCCACACCAUCUCCGGCAAACAUCUCCAACUGUUUCGUCGCGUUCUCACAAAACUCACUCGGCACGUGCUGUGGGCGCCGCUCCGUCUGUAUCUCACUCCCAUCAUCCAUCGCACCAUCCCCAUCAUCACCAGUCACACACAUCCGCGCAUCCUCCCUCGCACGGCCCAUCACCACAGCAGCAAUCGCUUCCGCAAAGGCAAAGACAUUGACUCGAUCCACCAAUUUGAGUUGGUGGAACGAAAAGAUGCGAUAAAUUGUAACAUUGCAAAAGUAUGUACAUAAUUUUAGCUACAAUAUAAUAAACAGUAAGUACACUAACCGUUUCAAAGCGAAACGAAAGUGGUUAAACAGAUAUACUGCUACAUUUCAUUUGUAUAUAUUAUUCCAUUGGUAACAUUCCCAGAAGGCCUUCGCGAAUUGAAUACCGAUGGUUUUCUAGGAUCAUUUAACGGUGUAAUGAUGUUGUUUUGGGGGGAAUAAGCAGGUUUAUUUGUCAGUGGACAGUGGCGUAGUGUAACCGGGUGACGCCCGGGGCGAGAGACUUUGGAGUUACCCUUCCAAUCAACGUCUUUGUUUUCUUUAUUUUCGUUUUUGAAUGGAAAAUCCAAUUUAUCUUACCAUCAAACUUUUUUAUUAUAAUAUUAUUUAAAGCUGAAAAGAAAUCACAAAAGCUUUACGCAUCUCGGCUUAGCAGCAGCAAAUUAUCUGAUCACAUUGUCGAAGUUAAUAGUGUUAACACAUACAUUUCCAAUUGACAGCAAAGCUAAUCCAUUUAGGCGUGAAAUCGUUGAAGUAAUUGUCUGUUCAAUCUCAAUUUUGAGAAGCUUAUGAUGCCAAAGAAACGCAAAGUAACAGCUCUAAUCUCACUGUAAGAUUUGGCAGCGUUUCUUGGCCGUCGAAUGUCUAUGAAUCUUGGUGCCGCUAGCGAGAUCGUAGAAAAUCGCCCGUUUCAAAAUCAAAUAUAAGAUCAAGUGCGAUGUACUACAUGAAGAAGUCCGAAAUUUUAGUAGACGUUCAAUUCAACUGAACGAAAGACAGCAGGAAUUAUUUCGAGGAUCCUAAGAAUUGUGUCAAUAAGUGUCAAAAAUAUUGGAUAACUUCAAAGGAAUCAUCAACAUCGGUAGCAAGACUAAAUCUCUAUGCACGGUAAAUAAUGCUCUGUGUUUGGUGGGAUCAGAUAAGUUUGAUCUGCUACGAGUGACUUGAACCUGUCGAAACCGGUAAUACUGAACGCCACCGACAACAAAUGAUCAAUUGAGGGGCUCAGAAGGAAACUUCAUCAACUUUCUUUUUAGUUAAUAACUAAACUGCAAAAACGUUCCAAUUUGAGUUUGAUAUAGAAUCCGAUAGAUGAGGUCCUGACCUAUCUUCCAGAUUGUCAAAUAUAGCUGAGAAUGUGUUUGCAGCUAAAAUAUGAUCAAAAAAGAGAGUCGAUGUAGAGAAAUCGAUGAUGUCACUUAAACUCAGUGUUGCCACACGUACAGAAUAUAUAUAUAUAUAUAUAUAUAUAUAUAUAUAUAUAUAUAUAUAUAUAUAUAUAUAUAUAUAUAUAUAUAUAUAUUAUUUUAUUUUAUUUUAUUUUUUUUUUCUAGUAAACAAAUGAGUAUUUUUUUAAUAUUUCAUGAUUUUUCUCUACAAUGAAUAAUUAAGUACAGAUAAGAAAAAAAAUUUCCCUUCUGCUACAGAUUAAUAUGUGGCAAUAAUGCUUAUACCCCUUUCAUUUUGAGCCCCUCAAUUAUAAUCGAGCUUUGGGUGGCAAACGACCAGAGCACCAAAACCACAAAGUGAUUUUGUGGCAUGAUAAUGCUCCAUCUCUACAAAAUCGAUCAAGGAAACGAUUGAGUCACUUGGUUGGGAAGUUUCUUCACAUGCGACUCACUCACUUGGCUGAGCUUUGCAGUUCUGAUUCUUGUUGAUGAAUGCUUUGCUUCUAAAGAGGAACAUUUUUUUUCACGAGGUAUCCACAAACUUCCAGAGAUCGAUGGAAAAUACUUUGAAUAAGGCAGAGUUUUUUCAUGUUAAUGCAAUAAACGUGUUUUCAUUUAAAGAAAUUCAGUUUCAUACUUAUACAUCCAAUGAAUAAUGGAUUGGAACAAUGUGUGCUAGAUAGAUUAUACUCAGUCAUUUGGCAAUGCCAAAUGCAUGUUCGCUGUUUGUGGCAGGGAUAUAGCAAAGUCUAGUAUACUACACACUACACCAAAUCCGUAAAAAUUUAACAAAUAAAGUGUGCUCAAAAUUUCUCGCUUAAUAAUACUCAUUCGAAAUUUAGAGGGAUUUUUUUUUUAAAAUUGGACACUCAGCAUGGUCGUGGGACCGCCCCUUCGCCUCCCAUACACUACGCCGCUAUCUGUAACUGAAACUUAAAGUGGACAUUAUCAUCGAUUGAGUACAUUUUAAUUUCGUGCUCAAUGUUGCUGAUGAGAUGACUCUUUCUUUUCUUUCUUUCCUCUAUUUCUAUUCCCAAUGCGGUCGUGUUUUGGACAACACAUCACUUUUUUUCUUUAGUUACGCGAUCUGAUCUUCGAUCUCUGGUCGGUCUUUUUAAACCUAACUUGAUGUUUAUUUUUCAUCAUAGAACUAAAAAAACCUAUACUUUUUUACAUCGAAUUUGGAGUGUGUUUGGAGCAUUUCUGACAAGUGGAAUUGGAAUUGCAUAUUCACUGUGUAAAAUGAAAGCAUAUUAACUAAAACGGAAACCCUGCUUGCUUGAACAAUUCAAAAACGCCUCUUCCGUGGCUCACACUGUCGAUUCCUUCACAUCCCGCAACGCUAUGUUAAUUUGUUCACACAAUUAUAAAUUUUCUUUAUUUCUUUAUCUUCCUCAAAUAAUUUUAACGCUUCGUCAGUGUCCAAGAACGAUGUUGAUAUUGAAUGAACCGGUAUAUUGAUAUCAAUGAAUGUCAAAGCUAAGGAUAUUUCCUUUUGUUCAGAGCAGAACGAAAAAGAGAAUGAACGAAAGUGAAUGAAUCAGCUAUCGGUGGCUCGCUGUGAUUGUCAGGCUUGGCGUCGGUUCAUUUUCGGUAUCCCGAAUGCAAUGGUAUAAUGAUCGAAUGUGCUCUGAAAUUCAGCUGAAAGAUUGAUGUGAAACGAAAAUUUCCAACCACUGUUUUGAGCAAAGCAUAAAAACAACAACACUGCAUCUAUAUCAACUGUAUGCGUUAUAUAUGGAGUGAGAGUUCAAUCGAGCGCCAACAACUUGUUGCGCACCAGCACCGCGUUGCAUUCUGAAGACUGCAUAGCGUUCGUUAAUCCAAUUUCCCAUGGAAGAUUGAAUGAAAGUCACGCCCCAGCAAACAUUAAAUCGUAUAACUUUUGCACAUGCUAGGUUGCAUAUAAAAUCGUAUCAAAUUACAGUCGUAUAAAAUACCAAUCAAAGGAUGCAUCAUGUGUAUCCGAAAUCGUAUAAAAUGCAAAAAUACGAUUUUCUACAUCAUUGAUGGAUUAAGUCGUGUAUCGGUAUAACGAUUAUUCUUGUAUCGCGAUAUGCCGUAUUACAUACGCACAUUCUAUUCAUUUCAUAUGGCAUUGUCGGAUCAAAUCGCAUAUCAGUGUGACAAGCAGCGUAUAUCGUUAUAUAUGGCUUUAUAUGCUUAUAAAUUAUGGCAUAUACGUUGUUACGGUUUCAAAAUUAUAACCGAACAAAAUAGCUCUAUUGAAAAUUUAAUAAGAUCCGAAUGAAAGAGUAGAUUCAAAAAUAACAAAGAACCAACACCGGCCCAAUUCCUAUAACCAGCUACCUGGAUGUACAGCGAAGCAUGCUAUCAAAAAUAUCGAGAAUGAAAAUAUGUCCCAAAAAAAUAACAAUAGGAAGAAACCGAGAACAGAACAGCGGAAAUGGAAGUUGAGAGAGAGAGAGAGAGAGAGAGAGAGAGAGAGAGAGAAAGAGACCAACCUCUUUCCCAA